AUGCAUGCGCUUGCGCGUGUCUGUCGCUCCCGAGCGCCACGGGCCACAUCUCGCAUGGCCCGUGUGUUGUGUUUCUCCUCUUCUAACUCUGGAUCUAUAGGUACUACGGCCGCGUUGGGCCCGGAUGUGGCCGAGUUUGCGAACCAGCACGGACAUGUCCAGGCCAGACUCGAUUACAAGAAGCUCGUGGAAAAUGUAGACGCGGCCAUUGAAAACGGCAAGAAGCGUUGCAGUGACGGCAACCCGCAGCUCGUGGCCGACCUUUAUCAGCGUCAGGCCAAGCUGCGUCACAGUGUUAACCUGCUACGUGCCGAGCGCAAUACACACGCCAAACAGCUCGGCCAAGCUGCCGCAGCCAAGAAGAAACAGGGCCAGGAAGCAGAGCAAGUCUUCGAGACCUUGCGUCUUCGUGGACAGGAACUGAAGCGCGAGAUCGCAGAUGUCGAGGCCGAGCUCGGCCAGGUGUCGGCCGAGCUAGAGCUUGAAGCACUCAAGAUCCCCAAUGACACGCAUCCAGAUGUCCCUGUCGGAGGUGAAGAGGAAUCCCGCGUUGUCAUGAAGUAUGGCGAGAAACCCGUCUUCAACUUUAAACCCAAGGAUCAUUAUGACUUGGCCACAGCCUUGGAACUGCUGGAUACUCAGACCGCUGCAAAGGUGGCCGGGUCGAAAUUUACAUAUUUGUGUAACGAAGGCGCCAUGAUGGAGAUCGCGCUAGUUCAUUGGACACUAAGCAAGCUGCGUGCACGCGGGUUUAAGGUCAUGUUCCCGCCCGAUGUGGCCCACUACAAACUCGUGGAAGGCUGCGGCUUCCAACCGCGUGGAGAGGCCACGCAGAUCUACUCGAUCGCCAACUCGGACUUGUGUCUGACUGCGACGUCGGAGAUUACGCUCGCAGCGGCCAAGAGCAACGAGAUCCUGUCGACUCCUACGUUGCCUCUAAAGUACGCAGGCUUCAGUCACUGCUUCCGCACGGAGAUUGGCCACGGUGGCCGUCUGACACGCGGGAUUUACCGUAUCCACCAGUUCAGCAAGGUGGAGAUGUUCGCCUUCUGUGCGAAUGAGACGCAAGCCCAGGAGUUCUUCGACGAGAUGGUAGAGAUACAGACGAGUAUGUACGCCGAGCUGGGUCUGCACUAUGAGCUCAUGGACAUGGCCACAGGUGACUUGGGUGCGCCCGCGUAUCGUAAGUACGAUCUGUUGGCGUGGAUGCCUGGCCGCGAAGAGUACGGCGAGGUCUCUAGUAUGUCUAUGUGCACCGACUACCAGGCCCGUCGCCUGAAUAUUCGCCACAAGGACCCAAAGGCCGAGGAAACUGGUACGUCGUUCGUGCAUACACUGAACGGCACCGCCUGUGCUGUCCCUCGUCUGCUUAUCAGUCUGUGGGAGACGUACCAGCAAGAAGACGGCUCUAUUGUCAUCCCCGAGGUUCUCAGGCCGUACAUGGGUGGCCAGGAAGUCAUUCGCCGCGCUGAAUAA